GGAAAUGCAUUUACCUUGUGGAACUGAAAGGAGAAGAGCUGUGAAAGCUGUCGCAAGCCAUUGAUUUCAUGGUGAGGGGACACUUGUGAAAAAUUAAAGCCAACCCCCAUCUGAGCAGUCUCAGAGGUGUGUGAGCAACAGAGCUGACUUGAAGAUCUGUGUAGCAGCCUAUGAACAGAAGCUACAAAAAUAGAAAAUUAUAUACAAUCUGCUAAACCGUGCUAUUUACAAGGAAGCGCUAUGGCAGAAGGGAUAUCUCUGGAUAAUAUUAUUAUGAAGUCUGAAGACUUAAAAAGCAAGCAGAAACUUGAUUCUGGAGGAUAUGGACUGGUGUCUUUAUGCCGCCAUCGGAUUAAUGGACUGGUUGUAUUGAAAACAGUAUAUACUGGAUAUUUGCAUGCUGAGCACAAUGAAAAACUUCUUGAAGAGGGUAAAAUGAUGCACAUGUUAAAGAAUGACCGUGUGGUAAAGCUUCUUGGCCUAAUAUUAGAAAAUGGGAACUAUUCACUGGUGAUGGAGUAUAUUAGGAAUGGAAAUUUAUUGACUGUUUUAGAAAAGGUUGAAGUUCCUCUCUCUGUUAAAACCCGUUUUAUCCUGGAAAUUAUUGAAGGAAUGAGCUACUUACAUGAUCAGAAAGUAGUCCAUAAGGAUCUAAAACCAGAAAACAUAUUAGCAGAUGAGGAUUUUCACAUCAAGAUUGCUGACCUGGGUGUGGCUACCUUUAAUAAAUGGAGCAAACUGACUAAGGAGCAAAGUAAGCUCCAGAGGAAAUGCAUGCACCAAAGCACGGGUAGCUAUAAAAGCAAUGCUGGAACUUUGAUCUACAUGGCACCAGAACAUCUGAGAUCUCUGAAUGCAAAGCCUACUGAAAAGUCCGAUAUUUACAGUUUUGGCAUAGUGAUUUGGGUGAUAUUUACUAAUAAGGAACCCUAUGAAAAUGCACUUAAUGAUGACCAAAUAUCAUAUUGCGUCACAAGAAAUGAGAGACCAAGUGUAGAGGAACUACCAGAAGAAUGCCCGUCUGAAGCUUUACAUCUCAUGCAGCAAUGUUGGGAUGAUAAUCUAGAUGCAAGGCCUUUGUUUAAAGAUUGUGAUUGCAAGUUCAGGCCACUUUAUGAACUCAAACAAAUGAUGCAUGUUGAAAAAGAUGUGGCUAAAAUGAAAAGUAACUUUGAAAGGCCAAAUGUGAUUGUGGAACAGAUGGCUUCAUUGCAAUUGGAUUGCAUGGCAGAGCCUCCAAGCAUUCAGCCAAGAGAUCAGCAACUGUCACUGCACAGUUCCCAGGGUUUUAUAACCACAAACCAAGUUGAUGAAUCCCUAUUUGGUCCUGCUCCUAAUGAGCCAGUAGAGUCUGAAGACCCAAGACAAGAUGAAACCUUGGAGAGAAAACUACAGUAUGAAAUGAAUUACUACCAAACUGGAAAUCAACUUGACAACAUAGGAGGCCAAUCUUACACUCCCAAGAGUAGUUUAGAAGAAAAAAGUAGAAAAGUAUUCAGCGAAGCAUCAGGGAUGAAUCAUAUUCCAUCAGAUAGUGGAUUUACUAGUAGUCCCAUUGCAUGCAAAUUUGAAAUGCCAUCUCACCCAGCCUCUCAUUUUGCCAGUUGGCAAGACAUUUACCAGAGACCUGCUUAUGAUCAAAGUAGAGAAUAUGUUCCUGUUGGACUGUAUGGACCUAUAUCUCCCACCCAAAACUCAAAUGCUGUCUGGAAAGAUAAAAAUCCAACACCUGAAUCAGGAAUGCAAAGCUCUUAUUCACAAACCAGUGACGUGUUUGCAAGAGAUGCCAGGACAGGAGUCGCGGACAGUGGCCUAAAUGUCAGCAUUUCCAACAGUAAUUCAAUUCAGAUUGGGAAUCAUAACACACUGAGUGUCAUCAGCAGUAAGCCUACAACAAGACCCGAAUAUAUGAGUAGAUUCAGCAACUCCAGUGUGGAAGAUCUGGCUGCAUUUGAGUGCCAAACUAUAGUAAGAGACAAUCAACUGCAACUACUUCGAGAAAAUCUGUCAAAAAAAUGGAAACAAUUUGCACGCAAUCUUGGCUUCCGUGAACCAGAGAUCGAUGAAAUUGACCAUGACUAUCAACGAGAUGGCCUGCAAGAAAAAGUCCACCAAACACUGCAUAAGUGGAAAAUGAAAGAGGGCUACAAAAACGCUACUGUGGGAAAGGUGGCCAAAGCACUCUUUUCUUUGGGGGAAAGUGAACUCAUGCAUGCCUUAAUGAAUAUGGAGGCGACAUAACUUGGAAAAAAUCAAUUGAACAAGUCCAGAAAAAUGUUUUGAGAGAUGCUCCUAACUUGCUCUACACAUACAGUAUUAUGUAUGUUAUGGAUUUUGGAAACUAGGACUUCUAUAGUAAGAUGUCUAUGCUGCCCCUGGCAAAUGGAAACCCUCAUAAAGCCACGUGCCUCAUCAAAUAAUGGGCAGCUAUCUGCUAAUCACCGGCUGUGGGAGUUGUGAAUAGUCACAACUAACUCUUACAGAUAUUUCCACCAAAUUUGUGGCUCCGAGUCUUAUUGUAACAUUGUUCAAAAUAGCAUAAAGCUGCGGAACCUGUUCUGUAUCUUGCACAACGUCACACGUAACUCGCUCUGCAACUGACUUAUGACAUAGAAAUACACACAGCAAUGUACUUACAAUCCUAAAUCAAUUGAUGAAGACUUUUUAAAAUGGAACUAAUCGGUUUCGUUCAGCUGAAGUUCAGCUUCAAAAUUCUCAUGGACCUAAACAGUCUCUGUACAUUACCUGACACUUGUGCAUUAAAGAGAAAUCUAUUUUUCUAAAUAAAUAGGUCAGUUAUCAAAGUACCUUACCUAGGGGGUUGAUUCAGGGGCUUAACUACAGAGGAAUCAGACCCUGCAGCUGAAGGGGGGCCCAGAAGGUACAUGGGCCCCAUGAGGCCCUAAUUCCUAUACAAUGUCAAUAAAUAUUGGUAAAAAGUCAACAUUAUUUGAAAGUGCCAGAUCAAGGAUCGUUUUGCCAAACAAAACCUUUUUUUUUAUAAAUAUUUUCUAUUCUGUAAUAAAUUAGAAUGCAAAACAUAUUUUAA